ACUCAUUAUCUUCAUUGUCCACCGAACAUGGCGCGUCAACUGGUCGUGUUCGAUUUCGACUACUCUAUGGCAGACAAUGACACGGAUCGCUGGGUAUUUGAAGUAAACGCGCCUGAGAUCCGGCGCUGGAUCGAGGACAACGAGGGAGGGAUCCAGUUCACGGAUAUGAUUGCGCAAGCACUUCGCGAUGCACAUGCGCGUGGUGUCACACGCGAACAGCUGGAGAAUGCGUUACGGAUCAUGCCAUUCCAUCCAGCCAUGGUCCGUGCUAUCAAAAACCUCAAUGCAGGUGGAAAAACGACAUUUUUCUGCCUGUCCAAUGCCAACUCGAUCUACAUCUCGACCAUUCUCAAGGAGCAAGGCCUCGAGUCGAUGUUCACAGAAAUUGUGACAAACCCGGCAGAGUGGACUGAAACGGGUCUGCUCGCUCUCCGGCGGCGCGUUGACCCUAGUGGUCCUCAGCAUGCCUGCACGGUCGGUUGCAGUGCGAAUAUGUGCAAAGGUUGGGAGGAACUUGAGACCUUUUAUGCGAGACAUGAGCCCACGUUCGACCGUGUCGUCUAUGUUGGAGAUGGAUCGAACGACUUCUGCCCGGCACUCCGUUUGCGCAGUCAAGAUUUGCUUCUCUGUCGCACGUUCGGAGGCCUUCACAAGCGGAUCGCGAGGGACGGCGGGCUCAAGUGUUCCGUCAAAUACUGGACAGGAGCCUGGGAAGUCGAAGAGGUCUUCAAAACAUUGGCAUAGACUGGAAUAGACUCGACGCAGGAAUCCCCGCUGUGGAUGGAGUAUACAUUGCUGCAAAGAUCAUGUCGUUUACAAUAUAUACAGCUGCGAGGCUGGCUCACAAGUCAGUGCGUGAGUGAGUGAGAGAAAUGGAUGAAAAGGUAAUGAUUUAGACAACAAGAUUAUCUCGGCCAAGAGUCCCCUGCCCCAUUGCUCGCUCUACGGCCAUCCUUCAUAACCGAGCCCAACUGCUGCUGUUGCUGCUGCUGCUGCUGAUCUUGUCCAAACGGAUUGCGUGCCGCUCCGACUGGGGGGAGUACACCCGAGCCGUAGAAGGAGGGCGGCACCGCUUGGGCUGGGGGGACGACGUUCCCGGCCAUCCGAGGGGCGCCACCGGGCGAGUACGGCUGAAACUGGUCGGGCUGCAUCGGCAUGAACAACCCACCGAUAUCAGCACGGGCAUCGAAUCCUUGGCUGGACUGGCUGGACUGGGCAGGUUGUAGCGACGGCGGACCUUUGACUUGGGGCGGGCCACCUUGCCCAUAUGUUGCUGCGUAACGGUUGCCUGACGUCGUGACACCGCUCGUAUAAGCCUGCGCUGGACUGGUGAUCGGGGCAACAGACCCAUAUGGACUAGAAUCAGCCCGUCCUGCAGCAGCAGCGGACCGAACGUUCGACAUCACCACAUCCCUCCGAACGGAAGUCUCGUCGGUUUCUCCCGGCUGGUAAACAUGGGCCAGCUUCGAUGUCGGGGGCUGGUAUCUACUCCAGUUCGGCUGCCCGCCAGCAGCCAGAUUCCCGCUCGCCACCAGUUCUGCCUGUUGCUGCAAGAAUUCGAGUUGGGGAUACGGCACAGCCGCAGCAGGCUUGCCACCAGCCUGUCGUCGCUCCCAUUCUUGCAUCGCAUCGUCCCGAUUGAGGACCGGAGUCAAGGCAUUCCUGCCCUGGAUCACAUCUUCAUUCAUGUGCCUCAACCGGGCCAACGCCGGCGGGACUGGAUCCAACUGAUUGUUGAUGGUAUUUGCGCGCGCACGCGACUGGGAUUGAGCUUGCGGUGGUGCGUUUGCAGUCGCAGCUGGAUAGUACGACGCGUUGUUUGCUGCUGUCUGUGGGGAACCAGAGUAGCUGCCGGCGGCGACCAUAGCACGAUGAUUGGCGGACGGAGGGAGCGAGUACCCGGAGCCCACCUGGCUCUGGCCUUGACCUUGGUAACUAUUCUCUGGCGGCGACGGGUAGUUCGAUUGGGACUGGCUGAGCUGGCUCUGUUGUUGGCUGCUAGCCGGUGUCAUGUACGGAUUCCUGAAUGCUCCAGCUUGAUUUUGCUGGGCUUGUUGUGCCGCAGUGUACGCUUGGUGUUGGCCGAGAUGGUGAUUGUAGCUCGCGGCGUCGGUGUAUGCCCGGGUUCCUUUGGGUUGCGAGGGCACCAAACCGCCGUACGGUCUUUUCGGGUCGACAACGGCUGGUGCAAUCGGGGCCGGUGGAGCAAGCCCAUCA